AUGCGCUGGCCCAGGCAAUACAAGACUCUCCCUCUCGUUGCUGCUUUCGCCCUCCUCCUCCUCUCCGUCCUAGGCUAUCUCACACAGUCUAUGCGCCUCUGCCUCCCCUUUUCCCUCUCAAAAUUAUCCACCACAGCCCACAACAACCUUUCCUGCCAAGCCAUUAAACCUUUCGCCAAUAUGAGCGAUACCAGAAUACAAACCGAGGAUGUCCAAGAAGGUCGCCUCGCUGGCUUUCUUAUCAGCCAAAGAGACCUUUUCUUGCAAGAUCUGCGCGAAGGCAAGGGUAAAGGCUGGACAGUCGUAAUGGGUAACGAAGCCGGAGACCUGGACUCUCUUGCAUCUUCGAUCGCCUUCUCCCAGCUUUCCUCCACCCUUCUCGCCUCUCGUGUUAUCCCUCUCAUCCUCACCCCUCCCAAAUUCAUGCCCCUCCGCCCCGAAAACCUCCUUGCUCUCCGUAACGCCUCUCUUCCACUGUAUUCUCUACUCCACACCAACCAACUCCCCAUCGCCACAUCCGAACUCGCCGGCCAAGGCGUCAAAUUCGCGUUGGUGGACCACAACCGGCUGUUGCCUCAAUUCGGAGACGGCCAAGUAGAGUCGGUGAUAGACCAUCAUGAAGACGAAGGGGUUCAUACCGACGCUUCCAUCAGAGAAAUCACAUUCCCCACCGGAAGCUGUACAUCUCUUGUGACCAAGCACUUUAGAGAGCAGUGGGAAGCGUCUCUAUCGCGCGGCUCGCCCAUCCCUUCCGAGCUUGCAACGCUCCUCCUGUCGGGUAUCCUCAUCGACACGGGUGGUCUCAAACCGGGCCGUAAAGCUACCCCUAUAGAUUACGAGGCCGCCGCGUUCCUCUAUCCCAUCUCCACUCUCCCUCAGAUCGGCAGCAACUUUUCAGUCUCGGCAGUCUCUGCCGAGGCCGUCCCUGCGCCGCUCUCAGGUCUCGCAGAGACAUUGUCAGAGACGAAAAACGACGUCUCCACCCUCUCUACCUACGAGCUUCUCAUGCGUGACUACAAAGAGUACACCUGGCCCACCCAAGCCGCGGCGUAUCCUAGCCUGAAAGUGGGUCUGUCGACAGUACCUCUGGGGUUGAAACCUUGGAUUGCGAAAGCGCCCGAGGGCUGGGAGAGUCUGAUGGAAGGGGUGCGAGUUUGGAUGCAGGAGCGAACACUUGAUUUGGAAGGGAUCCUCACGACCUAUUCGUCGGAGAAGAAGGGUAAACACAAGCGCCAACUUGCACUCAUUGCCCGCGCUGGCGGGGGUUUCCACACCAAUGAGCACGCCGAGCAGGUCUUUGCUUCCCUGGUCAAAGGACUGGAGGCGAGUGAAGAGUUGGUAUUGCAAGAGUGGAAUCAGGAGAAGGCUGUAAAGAGGGAGGUGGUGGGUGGGGAGGAAGUCUGGGUCAAGGUGUGGGUGCAGGGGAAUGCAAAGGCUACCAGGAAGCAAGUUGCGCCUCUCCUUGUGAGUCGUUGA